GAACGGUGCGAGCCGUAAGUAACGUGAAGGUGAACUACGCUGUAAUAUUUUUGCAUUUUUAAUUUGAAUUGAACAAAAACCGACAUAAACCGCUCAGUACGCGAUGUACGAAAACGAAGAAGCGGAUCAUUUCGAUGAGGAAGAUCCGGAGGAGAUUUCUCACGAACUGUGGCAGGAAGCCUGCUGGAUCGUGAUCAACGCUUACUUUGACGAGAAAGGUUUGGUCCGGCAGCAACUGGAUAGUUUCGAUGAAUUCAUUCAGAUGUCCGUUCAGCGAAUAGUGGAAGAUUCUCCUGCCAUAGAGUUAACUGCGGAAGCUCAACACACGACAGGCGAUAUCGAAACACCGACGCGUUACGUAUUAAAAUUUGAUCAAAUUUAUCUUUCCAAACCGACGCAUUGGGAGAAAGAUGGUUCUCCUUCGCCUAUGAUGCCGAACGAAGCCCGUUUGCGUAACCUGACUUAUUCUGCUCCCUUGUAUGUGGACAUUACCAAAACGAAAAUCGUUGAAGGUCAGGAACCGGUGGAAACUCAACAUCAAAAAACUUUCAUCGGUAAAAUUCCGAUUAUGUUGCGAUCAACGUAUUGCUUACUCUCACAACUGACGGAUCGUGAUUUGACAGAGUUAAACGAAUGCCCUUUAGAUCCGGGUGGUUAUUUUAUCAUCAACGGUUCAGAGAAAGUGCUAAUUGCGCAGGAAAAAAUGGCAACCAAUACGGUGUAUGUAUUCAGCAUGAAGGACGGAAAGUACGCCUACAAAUCGGAAAUUCGUUCAUGUUUGGAGCAUAGCUCCCGGCCAACAUCCACACUUUGGUGCAACAUGAUGGCUCGUGGUGGCCAGAGUAUUAAAAAAUCGGCCAUCGGACAACGAGUGAUUGCCAUUUUGCCCUAUGUCAAACAGGAGAUACCGAUUAUGAUUGUUUUCCGAGCUCUCGGUUUCGUGGCUGAUCGCGACAUCCUAGAGCACAUCAUCUACGAUUUUGACGAUCCAGAAAUGAUGGAAAUGGUGAAACCAUCUCUCGAUGAGGCCUUUGUCGUGCAAGAGCAAAACGUGGCGUUGAAUUUCAUCGGUGCCAGAGGAGCUCGUCCCGGUGUCACAAAAGACAAGCGUAUCAAGUACGCGAAGGAAAUUUUGCAAAAAGAAAUGUUGCCCCACGUUGGUGUGUCGGACUUCUGCGAAACCAAAAAAGCUUACUUUUUGGGUUAUAUGGUGCACAGGCUUCUGCUAGCUGCGCUAGGUCGUCGCGAGCUAGACGAUCGUGAUCACUACGGUAAUAAGCGAUUGGAUUUGGCUGGGCCACUGUUGGCUUUCUUGUUCCGUGGCUUGUUCAAAAAUCUGAUGAAAGAAGUACGAAUGUACGCACAAAAGUUUAUCGAUCGUGGAAAAGAUUUCAACUUGGAAUUGGCAAUCAAGACCAAGAUUAUUACCGAUGGUCUGCGCUACUCACUGGCUACAGGAAACUGGGGUGAUCAGAAAAAGGCUCACCAGGCUCGUGCCGGAGUGUCGCAGGUGUUGAACAGACUGACUUUCGCAUCGACACUGUCUCAUUUGCGUCGAGUUAACUCGCCGAUCGGUCGGGAUGGUAAACUGGCUAAGCCUCGCCAGCUGCACAACACACUGUGGGGAAUGAUUUGCCCCGCCGAAACACCGGAAGGUGCCGCUGUCGGACUGGUAAAGAAUCUUGCUCUUAUGGCUUACAUCUCUGUCGGAUCGCAACCGUCGCCCAUUUUGGAGUUCUUGGAAGAGUGGUCUAUGGAAAAUUUAGAGGAAAUUGCUCCGUCAGCAAUCGCCGAUGCUACCAAGAUAUUCGUCAACGGCUGUUGGGUCGGAAUUCAUCGUGAUCCGGAACAGUUGAUGGCUACGCUGCGAAAGCUACGCCGUCAGAUGGAUAUCAUUGUGUCGGAAGUAUCAAUGAUUCGAGAUAUCCGAGAUCGUGAGAUUCGUAUCUACACUGACGCCGGCCGUAUCUGCCGACCGCUUUUGAUUGUUGAAAAUGGAAGCCUGUUGUUGCGUAAAAAUCACGUUGAUAUGUUGAAAGAUCGUGAUUACAAUAAUUACGGCUGGCAGGUGCUGGUCGCUUCGGGUGUCGUAGAAUACAUCGACACACUGGAAGAGGAAACUGUAAUGAUUGCUAUGACCCCGUAUGAUUUGAAACAAGACAAAGAGUAUGCUUACUGUACGACGUACACGCACUGCGAAAUUCAUCCUGCUAUGAUUUUGGGAGUUUGUGCUUCGAUUAUUCCAUUCCCAGAUCACAACCAGAGUCCACGUAAUACCUAUCAAAGCGCUAUGGGUAAACAAGCUAUGGGAGUUUACAUUACCAAUUUCCACGUCCGGAUGGAUACCCUCGCACACGUCCUGUACUAUCCGAUGAAACCACUUGUCACUACUCGUUCUAUGGAGUAUUUACGUUUCCGAGAGUUACCCGCCGGGAUCAAUUCGAUCGUAGCCAUUCUUUGCUACACCGGUUACAACCAGGAAGAUUCUGUCAUCUUGAACGCAUCGGCCGUUGAACGCGGCUUCUUCCGUUCGGUGUUCUACCGUUCCUACAAAGAUUCCGAGAGCAAGAAAAUCGGUGAUCAGGAAGAGCAGUUUGAAAAGCCGAACCGGCAAACAUGUCAAGGAAUGCGCAAUGCACUUUACGAUAAGCUAGACGAUGAUGGCAUCAUUGCGCCGGGAUUGCGAGUUUCUGGUGACGAUGUAGUCAUUGGAAAAACCAUCACAUUACCGGAGACGGACGAUGACCUGGAUGGCACAACAAAGCGUUUCUCGAAGCGAGAUGGUUCGACAUUCUUGCGUAACUCGGAAACCGGUAUCGUGGAUCAGGUCAUGUUAACACUGAACAGUGAGGGUUACAAAUUCUGUAAAAUCCGUGUCCGCUCGGUGCGUAUCCCACAAAUUGGCGAUAAGUUUGCCUCUCGUCACGGUCAGAAGGGUACCUGCGGAAUUCAGUACCGUCAAGAGGACAUGCCGUUCACGUGUGAAGGAAUUACUCCGGACAUUAUCAUUAACCCACACGCCAUUCCUUCGCGUAUGACAAUUGGUCACUUGAUCGAGUGCAUCCAGGGCAAGCUGGGUUCGAACAAGGGCGAAAUCGGUGACGCUACCCCCUUCAAUGACGCUGUCAACGUACAGAAAAUCUCCACUUUCCUGCAAGAGUACGGUUAUCAACUGCGCGGUAACGAGGUCAUGUACAAUGGACACACUGGACGCAAAAUCAAUGCGCAGGUCUUCUUGGGCCCGACUUACUACCAGCGUUUGAAGCACAUGGUCGACGACAAGAUUCACUCGAGAGCCCGCGGUCCGGUGCAGAUUUUGGUCCGACAGCCCAUGGAGGGUCGUGCUAGAGAUGGUGGUCUACGUUUCGGAGAGAUGGAGCGUGAUUGUCAGAUAUCUCACGGUGCGGCCCAGUUCCUGCGGGAGCGUCUGUUCGAGGUGUCCGAUCCGUACCGGAUACAUGUUUGCAACUUCUGCGGCUUGAUUGCGAUUGCCAACAUGCGGAACAAUACCUUCGAGUGCAAGGGCUGCAAGAACAAAACACAGAUAUCGCAGGUUAAGCUACCGUAUGCGGCUAAACUUCUUUUCCAGGAACUAAUGGCAAUGAACAUUGCUCCACGUUUAAUGGUAUUGUAGACGAAAGUACGACUAUAUGGAUGCAUACUAUCUGCUACUUUUACGUGAUUUUUUUAUAAUGUCGAGACAUGACAAAAAUAAGUAAAUGAUG